AUGGUCGGAACCAAGAAGCAGAAGACCGGCGGGUCUAAGAAAGCGACCGGGCCCGUCGCCGAGCCGCCGGCGCAGCUCAUGGACCUAGUUGAAUCAUUCCUCUCCGAUCACGAUUUCUCCGACGCCCACCGUGAAUUCUCGAAGCAGCGCGCUAAGAAAGGCUGGAAAAAGGGCGACAAAUCCGCCCACCACUCCCUUGUCACGGUCUUUCAGAGCUGGGAGACGUCCGGAAAAGGCGCCAAUGUUGCCGCCGAGGUAGUCACUGCCGUCAAUGACGAGAGCAGCGAGAGCAGCGAGAGCAGCAGCGAUUCGGACUCCUCUGACAGCGAGAGUGAGGAUGAUGCCGACGUUGAAAUGAAGGACGCCGCUGGGGAGGAAGCUUCGAGCUCGGAUUCGAGCAGCAGCAGCAGCAGCAGCAGCAGCAGUGAGAGCGAAAGCGAGAGCAGCGACAGUGACAGCGACAGCGACAAGGAAGACGAGAAGAAGCCCGCGAAACCCGCUCCCGCACCGAAGACUCCCGUGAACCCUCUCAAGCGUAAGGCGGCUUCCGAGAGCAGCGACUCUUCGGAUUCUGACUCCGAUUCCGAUUCGAGCUCCGACGAGGAGGCUCCCGCCCUUAAGAAGCAAAAGACCGCCGCCGCGCCCGCUGCGGAUUCGUCGUCGUCAGAAUCCUCCGACUCGUCGUCUUCCGAGUCCGAGUCCGAUUCCAGCUCCGAUUCCGAUUCCGACUCCGACUCCGACUCCGAAGAAGAGCCCGCGCCCGCGCCCAAGAAGGCCGAGGCGAAAAAAGAAGUUAAGGAUGCCUCUUCCUCUGAGUCGUCGGAAUCAGACUCGUCUUCUUCUGAGUCAGAUUCCGACUCUGAUUCCGAUUCCGAGGACGAAGCUGAGGAGGCGGCUAAGGUCCCUCUCCCCGACUCGGGCUCAGAGUCCGAUUCCUCCAGCAGCUCUUCGUCUGAGUCGUCCUCCGACUCCGAUUCAGACUCGGACUCAGAGAAACAGACCAAGACCAAAGCCGUCAAGACCGAAUCUUUCGCCCCAGCCGCUUCCGACUCCUCAGCGACACUCGACCGCUCCUCGCCCAAAGUCUUCCCCGUUGACACAUUCGCUCCGCUCCCGCCGGACCCAGUUACGUUCAAGGCCAACAACCGUGGCAAGGGCAAUGGAAACGGCAAGCUGAACCAGCCCUUCUCGCGAAUUGACCGCAGCCUCGAAGUCGAUCCCCGCUUCCAGUCCAAUGCCUUUGCCGGGCACGACUGGGGCCGUAAAGCCCACGAAGACCUGAUCGUCACGCGCGGCAAGGGAUUUACCAAGGAGAAGAACAAAAAGAAGAAGGGUAGCUACCGCGGCGGCAGAAUUGAUACCUUUGCCGUGGGUGGUAUCAAGUUCGAUGACUAA